AUGGGAGACAAUCACAACGACGAUAAGAGCAUUGAGAUUUGGAAGAUGAAGAAGCUGAUCAAGUCCCUUGAAGCUGCUAAAGGGAAUGGAACCAGCAUGAUCUCACUCAUCAUGCCUCCACGCGAUCACAUCUCUCGUGCCACCAAGUUGUUGUGCGAUGAGUACGGAACCGCCUCAAACAUCAAGAGCAGAGUCAACCGCCUCUCUGUCUUGGGAGCCAUUACUUCUGCACAGCAAAGGCUGAAGCUUUACAACAGGGUCCCUCCCAAUGGUCUCGUCCUCUACACUGGCACCAUUGUCAACGAAGAAGGCAAGGAGAAGAAGGUUACUAUUGACUUUGAGCCUUUCAGGCCCAUCAACAACACUCUCUACCUCUGUGACAACAAGUUCCACACCGAGGCUAUUAAUGAGUUGCUGGAGUCACAUGAUAAAUUUGGUUUCAUUGUAAUGGACGGGAAGGGGACACUCUUUGGAACUCUGAGUGGUUGCACCAGUGACGUGCUUCACAAGUUUACUGUCGAUCUUCCGAAGAAUCACGGAAGAGGAGGACAAUCAGCUCUUAGGUUUCACCGUCUCGGUAAGGAGAAACGUCACAACUACUUGAGGAAAACAGCUGAGCUCGCCACACAGUAUUACAUCAGCCCUUCAACGAAUCAGCCUAAUGUGUCUGGUCUGAUACUUGCCGGUUCAGCUGAUUUCAAGACCAAGCUAAGCCAGUCAGAUAUGUUUGAUCCCCGGCUUAGGGCCAAGAUACUAAACGUGGUGGAGGUUCAGCACGGAGGAGAUAUUGGUUUCAAUGAAGCUAUCAAGAAGUCAUCUGAGAUCCUUGCGAAUGUGAAGUUCGCUCGAGAGAAGCUUUUGAUAGGGAAGUACUUUAACGAGGUAAACCAGGGAACGGGGAAGUAUGUGGUUGGCGUGGAGGACACGUUAAACGCUUUGGACUCUGGUGCCGUUGAUACACUGAUCGUGUGGGAGAAUCUUGACAUCUACAGAUACGUGUUGAAGAACAGCGUGACUGGUGAGACUGUGAUAAAGCAUUUGAACAAGGAAGAGGAAGUCAAUAGUGACUUUGCCGUGGAGGACAAGGUGUUGUUGCUGGAGUGGCUGGCUAACGAGUACAAGCGUUUCGGCUGUGCGUUGGAGUUUGUAACCAACAAGUCGCAGGAAGGGGAUAAGUUUUGCAAAGGGCUUGGAGGAGUUGGAGGGAUACUUCGUUACCAGCUUGAUGUUGCUGACUUUGAUGAAGAAGAGGAUUUGGAUGUUAGUGAUGAUGAUGAGUCUGAGUAGCAAUCAAUGGAAUCAUCACCUUCUCUGGUUCAGGAAGAUGGCACACCACCAAGGCUGAACCAGCCUGCGCGGGCUAGCGGGGUCACGCAGAAGAUAACUCGAAAUUAAAUGAAGAAAGCAUCUUUUAGCCAAGGUGGAGAGUGAAACAGUUGGAGAAUGAGCAAGCCUUGCUAUGGUUGUGUUAGCCUUGGUCGUGUCGUGUGUCUGCG